AUGGUUCCGCCCAGACCAGCUUUGGCUCAAUCCGAGUCCAAAGCACGAUUCUUCGAGCGACUUGGUCUUGACGAGCACAAUGAGUAUCACCGCCGAGUAUACGCGAUGAUGAAGGUGAGCCCAGCGUCAGGCCCUGCUUCUCCUCGAGCAAGCAAUCUUACCUUUCCCCAGGAAGAGGCUGUGGAGGGCCGAAGACGAAUGACCGAGAGCCAAGACGUGUUGGUUCCAUCACUCAGAAACUCCUCCGUCGAGCCACCAUACAGCAAUGCCCAGAUCAGCGAGACUGUAACGCACCGCGAGAUUCUUCGAAUAUACCGUAUGGCGCGACCGGAAACGAGGGUCGUAUACGAUCUGGGCCGAGAUACAGACCGAGUUGAGGAGGAGAACUGGGUGAUCCGGUGGAUGCUCUGGCACGUCUUUCGCUACCGCGAUAGUCGCAACAGAAAUCGCAGAGUCGUCUCUCCCAGUCCAGAGCGAGGUGCAGCUCGGCCCAGCACGUCUUCGUCGUAUGCCUCCGUCGGGGGACAUGUGUCCUCGCAUCACCGCCCCGGGACAUAUGCGGCCAGCAGCUCUAGCUCUCAUCGGGCAAGCCAUUACUGGGAUCCGGUCCGUAACCAGUGGUACGGUGCGAUGGAGACCGCCACAUCGUGGAAGAUGCCGCGCGCCGGUGUUUCUGUUGUUGGCGACGCCGGGUAUGAGUACUAUUUGGGUGCCGGAAACCAUGGACAGCAACACAGGCCGGAUGGCAAUAUCCGCGCCCUCGCGCGCCGCCAAGAAGGGCUGCGAUUUGGAUUCACCAGGAUGCGACGGGAGGGGGUUGUGGGAGGGAAGAGAAUGCAGAAACGAAGCCAGCUUGCAGCGGUGCUGCUUCUCCCACUGCCGCGGCAGGCGAGUCGGCCCGACCGCACCCGCUCCAACUUCAACUUUACACUUCAAGGCUGGACCGCACGUGCUCGAUACAUUAAUGAUACGGCUCUGCAGCGCCUUUCUGGGACCGUUGCAGACAACUUCUUAAUUAGAGAAUCGGUAAUUUUCACUCUGUCCAAUCAGCGUAUGCUCCGUCCUACACAUCCCCAUCCUCAGACAGAACGAGUCGAUCUGAGUGCCAGAUCAACAUGA